UUAACUUAUUGUGUAUAUACAGCUAGUUCAGAUGAAAUCCGGAUAUAUACCAAUGAUGAAGUGGGUCAUUAAGAUAUCGUAUAUAUGAUAGCGACAUUAAUGAUUUAUUGAUGUGAAUACAUUGAUACGUAAAUUAGUGUGUAAAUCACGCGGAUUGUGUGUUGGGUUUAGAUUCAUCUGGGACGGUCUUGCGCUCACUGACACAAAUGUUUACAGUGGAAUACUUCUAGAAUCCCAAACGUGCGGCCAUGUUUUUCACUUUGGUAGCAGUAUGUUUAGUACUGUUGGUAAUUUAUCAUUCCUGGAGACGUCUACAAUAUAAAAAUCUCCCACCAGGCCCAACUCCACUACCUGUGAUAGGAAACCUCGUCUGUAUGAAGGAGAACAAUGUGUUUUUGACGUUCAGGGAACUUCGGGCUAAGUAUGGUGAUGUUUUUACACUGCAUAUUGGUAAUACAGUUACCAUAGUGUUCAACGGGUACUCAACUUUACGUGAGGCGUUUGUCCAACAUGGAGACAGCUUCUCUGAUCGACCGGACAUCUUCAUCUUCAAGGACAUCUCCAAGCAUUACGGUAUUGCCGGAAGUUCUGGAGAAUUAUGGAAAGAACAUCGAGCUUUUGCUUUGGCUACACUUCGGGAGUUCGGGUUUGGGAAGAGAAGUCUAGAAUCCAAGAUAAUGGAGGAAAUUGAAGCUUAUCUCCCUUGUCUUGAAGAAAAGAAAGGAGAACCUUUUAACAUACACGCGCUGACCCAGACUAGUGUUUCUAAUGUCAUUUGCUCGAUCGUCUUUGGACAGAGGUUUGAGUACAAAGACGAACGAUUCACAAAACUCAUGGAAAUGUUCGAUGCCAAUUUCAAAUUGAUGAAUCCAAUCUUGAAUUUCUUGCCUUUUCUGCAGCAUAUUCCCGGCGACCCUUUUAAAGGAAAACAGGUUCUGAGGAACGCUGACGCGGUGUACGACUUUAUCUGGGAACUGGUCCAGGAACAUGACAAUAGUUUAGAUGACACAUACGUUCGUGAUUACAUCGAUGCCUAUCUCAAAGAGAAGAAGAAACGGCAAUCGGACAAGUCCAACACAUUUACAGAUGUCCAAAUGCUUCGAUCGAUAGGGGACUUAUUUUCUGCUGGAACAGAAACUACUACAACCUCGAUUCGAUGGGCUGUUCUUUUCCUGUUGCAUAACCCAGAUGUGAAGGAACGAAUGGUAGCCGAAAUACAUGAUGUUGUUGGAACAUCACGUUUUCCGAACCUAGGUGACAAGGAGAACAUGCCGUAUUCUGAGGCAGUAGUAACAGAGGUGAUCCGAAAGGCAAAUGUUGCCCCUUUAGGCGUUCCUCAUGGUUGCAACACAGAUGUAGAAUUCCGUGGGUACAUUAUUCCGAAAGGAGCCGUUUUACUUCUAAAUAUAGACUCUGUGUUAUUUGACCCGAAAGAAUUUCCAAACCCAGAAAAGUUUGACCCUUCUCGAUUUUUAAAUGAAAAUGGGAAAUUCUUCAGACACGAAGUUUUUGCAGCAUUCUCUGUGGGUCGCCGCGCAUGUCUGGGCGAGACACUGGCACGUAUGGAGCUAUUUUUGUAUUUGACCACAAUUCUCCAGAGAUUUGAUCUAGUUCCAGAACACGCUGACUGUUUACCAUCGCUGAAGGGCAUCCUGGGAGUAACUCAUACGCCACGGCCAUUCAACGUCCGUUUGGUGUCGCGACAGUAGCUGUGUCUUGUUUACAGUCACUAGAGGGCGUCUUAGGCGUUACUCACAUGCUCCGUCCACUCAACGCCCGCUUGGUGUCCCGUCAGUAGUAACAUCACGCUGACUGAUUAUUUUCACUAGAGAGCAUCCUUGGAGUUACUCAUGCGCUACGUCCAUUCAGUGCCCGAUGUCGCGAGAGUAGCUACAUCACACCGACUGCGUAUCAUCACUAAAGGGUGUCCUGGGAGUAUCUCUUACGCCUUGUCUGUAUAACGUCCGCUUGGUGUCAAGACAGUAGUUACGUCACGCCGACUGGUUAUCGUUGCGCGACGGUAUCUGUCAUGCCGACCAAAAUGUCAAGAACAUCACAGCUAGCAUAUUAGUUCAUCUGACCCGAAAGGUCAGGGUGAACAAUAGCCAUCGUACAAGUGUUUGGUCCGUUGUCGUGAGCCGUCCGCCAUGCUUAAACUUUCCAUUUAAAUUACUUUUCAAUAACCAAAAGGCCCAGGGUGCUGAUAAUUGGGCAUGUAGCAUGAUUGGAUGAAGACCCAUCGAGUUUGUUAAAAUAAAAACCUUUGCUAAUUUUCAAGAUCACAAGGAAUAAAUAAUAUGUUAAAAUCUUUAAAUAUCUUCUUCUCAAUAACCAGAAGCCCAGGGUGCUGAUACUGGGCCUGCGUGAUGCUGGGAUAAAGGACUACCAAGUUUAUUAAUAUGAGUGAAAUACCCGCUUUCAAGGUCACAGUAGUCAAAAGUGUUGAAAUAUUCAAACAACUUCUUCUCAGUUACCAAAAUGUCCAUAGGCUGAUAUUGGGCCUUUAGCAUGCUGGGAUAAAGGGCUACCAUCUUUGUUCAUAUUAUUGACCCUGACCAACUUUCAGGGUCACAAGUAUCAAAUAUGUCAAAAUCUUUAAACCACUUUUCAAUGACCUAAAUGCCAAGGGUGCUGAUAUUGAGCGGCCUGUAGCAUGCAGGGAUGAAGGGUUACCAAGUUUGAAAAUAUGAAUGACCUUGACCCAUUUUCAAGGUCACAAGUAUCAAAUAUGUCAAAAUCUUUAAACCACUUUUCAAUGACCAAAAUGCCCAGGGUGCUGAUAUUGAGCGGCCUGUAGCAUGCAGGGAUGAAGGGUUACCAAGUUAGAAAAUAUGAAUGACCUUGACCCAUUUUCAAGGUCACAGUGGACAAAUGUGUAAAAAUCUUUGAACAACUUUUCAAUAACCAA